CGCUCGCCAGUCGACCCUUUUCACUUUCCCCGCGAUUUCUUAGCUGUUUUCCCUUUCUUUCAAUCAAAAACUGAGAAAAACCCUAAAUCACUAAAUCAGUCCUCUCCUCCGGCGCUGGUCCUUGUCUUCACUCACGGUCAUUGUUUCGGCGGCGGCGUCGGCGUCACAACUCACAACCGCAAGGGUGGUCCUCGUCCCCCCUCACAGUCAGUCAGUCACUAUUUCAUCCGCCCUGCUUUGCUGCUUCUCCCUUCUCUGCUAGCGGUUCCAUUUUCUUCUCCGUCAAGGCACCAACGUUUCAGUCACCGUCGCCGUCCUGCUUCUCCCUUCUCUUCUCGCUGUUUCAUUUUCUUCUCCGCGAAGGCGCCAACGUUUUAACCUUCACGGCCGGCUUCACCGCUUCAGCGCUUCGCCGCUGCCCUGCUUCUCCCUUCCCUCUCUCUCUCUCAUAUCUCAGAUACGCAAUCACGCCAAAACCUCCAUCUCCAUUUUAUUCUCUACCAAAGCUUCAGCCUUCCGGCUUCACUACUUCACCGCCGCCGCCCCCAAUAAGCAGCAAUUGGUUCUCCCAGGCCAUCGCCCACCAGCCAAUUUGCAUUCGGCCACCGCUCCGCCGUCCAAGUUCUCAGAUAGCUAAGGGAGAGACUGGGAGACUUUUAAUCCGUUGAUUAUCAGUUAAUCAUUCGUAAUUCGUGCCUACCACUUAAACGAAUCGAGAUCCUCCACACGAUCCCGAUUUAUUUCUUCAGAGUUCAUCGAGAAGAAAGAGCAGAAAUGUCUCGCCCAGAGACUUGAUCUGGAGGUUCUUGUCAUGGCGAAAUUAUCUAGUGCCCAGAAGUUUCUGAAGAAAAUAGGGCUGGGGAAGGAGGAUUACUACUUCUGGAAACAGAUAGGCAAAGCUCUACUCUGUACCUACACAGUGUUCGGCGCGGCUUGGUUGUGGAAUGAAACAUCUCCGCUCGGUUGGUGGACGCUGAAACCUCGACCUAAGGAAGAGAAAGAGAUGGCCCAUCUGUAUGAGCGCAGGAGGUUUCCGUACCCAGGCGACAAAGAGGCAGUCGAGGAGUUUAUUGCGAGUGGGGGCGCUCUUGGCACCACCAUUGGUCCCAGAGGAUUUAUCGAAUCGGGAAAAGACUCCGAGAAUUUUCAAAAGAAAUUACAGUCGAAGAAGUUCGAGCAAGAAGCUCAGAAACUAUGGUUAAGGAUGAGGAACGAAGUCAUAUCAGAGCUCCAGGAGAAAGGGUACGAUGUGGAGUGAUCUUGGCAUUACGUUCCAUCUGAAAUACAAGCUCUUAGCUGAAUUUCUACUGCCUCCACAUUGUCAAGUCUGAACGGUAUGUAAUUAAACAUUUGGGAGGUGAAAAACGAGUCCAUGAUCUUCACUCAAUUUCACCUUUUGACUGUCGAUCAGUGUAAGUGAUCCUUUAUAGAGAUUGUUAAGAAAUAAGAUUGUCUGACUAGCAUCAAGUUCGUUUUUUAA